AGAUAUAUCGCUGGUGCUCAUAUAAGACUGAAUCUGCAUAGCGCUCCCAGAAAUUCAUAUUUUACAGGCUGCGCUUCGUCAGCAGGAUUUUUAAAAUCCAAAUCAAAAGUGAAAGUAAACUGGCUGGGGGAUGUCCAAAGUUCACCUGCCAUUUAGAGACGAGCUCUCCAUUUUGUCAUUUUUUGUUCGAAUAAACUGCAAAAUCGCACCGGUUUACGCGUUCAAUCCGAGGAGACCCGAUGCUGUAUGGUUUAGAAUUACAGUUGUGAGCGGCGAUGCUUGAAUUGCUCGUUUUGGCUUGUCUGCUCGCGGUGGCCCACAGGGUGUGACUUUGCCAGGUUCUUGUUGCUGUCUUUUCAAAAUGGCUGCCAUCACAAAAAGCACAUUUUAUGGAAAAAAGAAAGGUUCAUGCCCAUGUUGGAGGAAUGUGGAAUUACAUCAGCUGAUGAUUCCCUAUAACGAAGAGACUGGAGCCCACUGCAGUACUUCCAGCAGUACAUUGAUGAUCAGUUAAUUCGGAAUCUGUCUUUCUUCACCAACCAGCGCAUGGUACAGGAUUCAGGCUGUAGCUUGAACACAACACCAGAAGAGAUCAAGACCUUUUUAGGGAUCUCAGUGUACGUGGCAUGCCUCGGAUAUCCAAGAAUGAAAAUGUACUGGGCACUUCACUGAUUUGGCCAUCACCAACUCCUGGAUUCAAUACAGACAAGACAGUCAGACCUUGCAACGACCUGCAAAGAAAACCUCCCAGUACCUGGAGUUCAAACUUCUCUUGGCUGAAGAACUGAUAUCCCAGGCCCAAGCCUGCAGGGCGCUGAUGUUGUGCUGUCCUGCUCCUUCAUUGAGGAGGGAGGGGGCAUGAUGGGCGGAUCUCUCUUCGCUCGCACUCCGGCCACUCUGGUCCUAAGAGACCUUCCCAUGUCCUCUGACCUCUCACCAGAAACCAUAACCCCUUAUAACCCCCCUGACGAACCCAAGGCUGAUGACCUCAUUUUUGAAGUCGUAGUAUCAUCAGUAGAGAUUCCAGAAGCAGAGUCUCUUCUCCAUGCUGACUGUAAUGAACAGGAGGUGGUUUGUGAACUGAGCCGCUACGUACCCCGAGGUACAGAGCCUGACGCCUUACCUGCUCAUUUCAUCGGCUCUAUUCAGAUCGAAGGGGGCGGAGUUGGACUCACUUUAGUGCUGCAGACCAUCUCCAAUGAAAAAGCAGAAUCAAGCACUCCACCCCUAAUGCAGAGCAAACUUCAGCUUCCUCUCAGCCAGUGGGGAACUCUGCUCACAGAUGCUGUGUUUGUGGUGUUCUCUCGUUCGCCAUCCCUUGCGGCUCCUAUAGGAGUUGAUGCGCGUUUAGACUGUGGUUACAGGCAGAAGGACGCGUCGCCAGAACAGAGCGUGGGGCUUGAAUGGCGGUGGCAGCACAAAGGAAACGGGCGGAGAAUUCUGGAUAUGAGAACUCAGGGGGUUGAGACAGAUGGUGGGACAGAAGUGCAAGUGGAGCGAGAAGGGGUGAGUGCAGAUUCAACCCUGCUGAUUAGGGAUGGAAACGCAUCUCUGACCAUGAAGACGUUAAAGGUUUCAGACGAGGGCACAUACAUCUGCACUAUCAGCUCUGGAGCAUUUCAGACGCAGCAGAUCGUUCAGCUGCAAAUCACACAGCCACCCAGAGUUUUUCUCUCAGAAAAGAAAGUUGUAUUUCAGGACGAGUCGCCUCAGAAGCUGAGCUGUCACUGUGAGCGCUACUACCCCCUGGAUGUUCAUGUGGAAUGGUUAUCUCAGCCCCCCUCAGAGACAGAGAGCAUUUCUCUGACAGAGAAAGCCUCUCUCUCCAGCCAUCGCCAGCACAAUGACGGAACCUUCUCUCUCUCAUCCUUCCUCUUCGUCCGCCCCUCUGAACACCCACCUGGAACCACUUUUACCUGCAGGGUCUCCCACUUUGCCCUGCAAACACCCAGUGAUGUCACCUUGACAGUAGAAACACCUGAACCUGAAGCAGGAAAAUACUACUGGAUGGUCCUGGCAACACUGGUUCUGUCAGUACUGUUUUUGUAUCAGGCAUCAAGAUAGGUGCUGAAGACCACAUCUGUGAGGAAAUGAAAAGAUAAGAGCUGUACUUAUUUAUCAGAGGUUUGUUUCUUUUUGUCUAAAUGGGUGUACAUUUACAUAAAGCGCUUGAGCGCACUUACAUUAAGCAGAAAUCUGACUGUUGUAAAUAUAAAUAAUUGCUGUCAGACAAACACUCAUCUCUCCAGCUCUACAGUUUCCCAACUGAUACUAGACCAUUUCUAUUGUUACACACAUCCUGAAAUGUUAACACAUUGUAAAAAGCAACUUGUGUUUUUAUGUAAAUUUACAAAAUGGCAAACAUGGAUGUAUCAGGUUUUGUCCCAACAGCAACAGUAUAUUGUUUUUUACACUGUUGCUUUUCUACUGUUCCACUGUUGUUGUUUUUUUUUUCUUUUUCACAUAAGAAAAAUAGCAUGUAUAGUUUGUAGAUUUCUUUAUUGGCAUCAGCAAAAGUGUUAGGGCAAAUAAGCAUGCUUCUGAAUUCUUCUCUGGAUUCACUAAAUGGUUGUGGAUUCACUAAAGUGAUUUGUUUACCAGUUUGUCACUGCUACAUCAUUCAUAAAUGGCAUUUACAUUUAGCAAUGUGUCAUACAAUCUCUUAAAAUCAGUUAAA